AGGCGGACCCGGUCCGGUGCCGGCCAUGGCCGAGCUCCGCGCCGAAGCCUCGUGCCCGCUGUGCCUCGGGCUCUUCCAGGAGCCCGUGUCCAUCCACUGCGGCCACAACUUCUGCCGGGCGUGCAUCGAGCGCUGCUGGCGGAGCUCCCGGGACAGCUUCCCGUGCCCGCGCUGCCGGGAGGCGGCCCCGGAGCGCAGCCUGAGGCCCAACGCGGAGCUGGCCGGCAUCAUCCGCAUCGCGCAGCGCCUCAGCCUCAGGGGCCGAGCCCGGCGCGGGGAGAGGCUCUGCCCGAAGCACGGCGAGGCUCUGAAGCUGUUCUGCGAGGAGGAGCAGAGCCCCGUGUGCCGCGAGUGCCGCCGCUCCCCGGAGCACCGGCUGCACGCCGCCGUCCCCAUCGAGGAAGCGGCGCAGGAGCACAAGGAGAAACUCCAGGCUCACGCGCAGAUCCUCAGGGACAGGAGAGAGAAGAUGCUGGGGCUGAAAGCGGCGGAGGAAGGGAAGAGCUCGGAGCUGCUGGAGCGGGUGGAGGCGGAGCGGCAGCGGCUGCGGUGCCGGGUGCGGGAGCUGCGGCAGCUCCUGGAGGGGCAGGAGCGGCUCCUCCUGGCGCGGCUGGCGCGGCUGGCGCGGGACAUCGCGCGGAGGCAGGAGGAGAGCGCGGGCCGGCUCUCGGAGCAGAUCUCCGGCCUGGGGCGGCAGAUCCAGCAGCUGGAGGAGAAGUGCCGGCAGCCGCCCUGGGAGCUGCUGCAGGACAGCAGAGACAUCCUGAGCAGGCUGGAGAAGGAGAGUGCCCCAGAGCCGGUGGAGACCUCGGCGGAGCCGGCAGAGGAACCCACAGGGCUGCCCCAGGAAAAUCUCACCCUCAAGGAGAUGCUGAGGAAAUUCCAAGUCACCCUGACGCUGGACCCCGACACCGCCCACCCGCGCCUGGCCCUGAGCGAGGACGGGAAAUGCGUCCGCUGGGACGACGCCCGCAGGAACAUCCCCGACCACCCCAAACGCUUCGACUCCUCCCGCUGCGUGCUGGCCCGCGAGGGCUUCACCUGUGGCCGCCACUACUGGGAGGUUCAGGUGUGCCAGGGCUCGGCCUGGGCCCUGGGCGUCGCCAGGGCGUCCGUGGCCAGGAAGGGCCGGGUCAGCGUCAGGCCCGAGCGGGGGAUCUGGGCCGUGGGGCGGUGCGGCAGCCAGUGCCAGGCUCUGGCCUCGCCCAGCGUCCCCAUUUCCCUCCCCGAGGCCCCCGAGGCGGUCGGGGUCUACCUGGACUGCGAGGGCGGGCGCGUGGCGUUUUUUGACGUGCGGAGGGAGGUGCCGAUGUUCGCGUACCCCGCGGCGAGGUUUGGGGGCGAGGAGCUGCUGCCCCUGCUCUGCCUGGGCAGGGGGUGCUGCUUCAGGCUGUGCCCCUGAGCCCCCGAGCUGGGGCACUCAGAUGGGUGGGGGUUCGGGUGGGAAACUGCAUUUUUUCUAUUGU